GCCUCAGCCUCCCAAGUAGCUGGGACUACAGGGCCGCGGGGCCGCUCGUGGCCUCCGGGGAGCAGGCGCCAGGGGUUUGUGUGCGGUGGGGGCCUGGGCCUGGGCCUGGGGAAGCUGACGCCGGUCGUCCGGAAACCAGGAGGAGGCGUGAGGCCGCUCGUGGACUCCGGGCCUAGGCCCUCUCCCCUCAACCUUCUCCCGGGGCCUGGGUCACCCCAAUCCACGGAGAGAGAGACCCGCCGGGAGGUGCGGCCGCGCUAUGGACCCCUGACCCCGUGGGGUCGCUCGGACUCUUAACGUGUGGACUGACCGCUACUGACUGCACCGCCUAUCCCCCCGUCUCUGCCGGCCCCUUAGCAUGAGCGAGGGGGACCCAGCCGGGUGACAUUGUGCCCGUUGGCGGAUUCUCGAUUUCCCCUCUUACCCGUCCUCGUCCUCCUCCUCCCCCAUGAAGUGAUUCUGAGUAUCGGGGGGGCUCUGGAUUAUUGUUCUGACGAACCCCUGCUUGUGGUUGGGGGGUAUUUAAUCUGAGGCCUUAGGGUCCUUCGGUGUCUUUUAAGUGUUUUGUGUGUACAUAUUUUGCUCUUAAAGUUUAUAAAUAUACAUAUAUUGAGAGUGUCCACGUCUCCUCGCUGAACCUUAGGAAUCCCUUGGCACCAUGUCCUGUGUGCAUUAUAAAUUUUCCUCUAAACUCAACUAUGAUACCGUCACCUUUGAUGGGCUCCACAUCUCCCUCUGCGACUUAAAGAAGCAGAUUAUGGGGAGAGAGAAGCUGAAAGCUGCCGACUGCGACCUGCAGAUCACCAAUGCGCAGACGAAAGAAGAAUAUACUGAUGAUAAUGCUCUGAUUCCUAAGAAUUCGUCUGUAAUUGUUAGAAGAAUUCCUAUUGGAGGUGUUAAAUCUACAAGCAAGACAUAUGUUAUAAGUCGAACUGAACCAGCGAUGGCAACUACAAAAGCAAUUGAUGACUCUUCCGCGUCUAUUUCUCUGGCCCAGCUUACAAAGACUGCCAAUCUGGCUGAAGCCAAUGCUUCUGAAGAAGAUAAAAUUAAAGCAAUGAUGUCGCAAUCUGGCCAUGAAUACGACCCAAUCAAUUACAUGAAGAAACCUCUAGGUCCACCACCUCCAUCUUACACGUGUUUCCGUUGUGGUAAACCUGGACAUUAUAUUAAGAAUUGCCCAACAAAUGGGGAUAAAAACUUUGAAUCUGGUCCUAGGAUUAAAAAGAGCACUGGAAUUCCCAGAAGUUUCAUGAUGGAAGUGAAAGAUCCUAACAUGAAAGGUGCAAUGCUUACCAACACUGGAAAAUAUGCAAUACCAACUAUAGAUGCAGAAGCAUAUGCAAUUGGGAAGAAAGAGAAACCUCCCUUCUUACCAGAGGAGCCAUCUUCUUCCUCAGAAGAAGAUGAUCCUAUCCCAGAUGAAUUGUUGUGUCUCAUCUGCAAGGAUAUUAUGACUGAUGCUGUUGUGAUUCCCUGCUGUGGAAACAGUUACUGUGAUGAAUGUAUAAGAACAGCACUCCUGGAGUCAGAUGAGCAUACAUGUCCAACGUGUCAUCAAAAUGAUGUUUCUCCUGAUGCUUUAAUUGCCAAUAAAUUUUUACGACAGGCUGUUAAUAACUUCAAAAAUGAAACUGGUUAUACAAAAAGACUACGAAAACAGUUACCUCCUCCACCACCCCCAAUACCACCUCCAAGACCACUGAUUCAGAGGAACCUGCAGCCUCUGAUGAGAUCUCCAAUAUCAAGACAACAAGAUCCUCUUAUGAUUCCAGUGACAUCUUCAUCAACUCACCCAACUCCCUCUAUAUCUUCAUUAACUUCUAAUCAGUCUUCCUUGGCCCCUCCUGUGUCUGGAAAUCCAUCUUCUGCUCCAGCUCCUGUACCUGAUAUAACUGCAACAGUAUCAAUAUCAGUUCAUUCAGAAAAAUCAGAUGGACCUUUUCGGGAUUCUGAUAAUAAAAUAUUGCCAGCUGCAGCUCUUGCAUCAGAGCACUCAAAGGGAACCUCCUCAAUUGCAAUUACCGCUCUUAUGGAAGAGAAGGGUUACCAGGUGCCUGUUCUUGGAACCCCGUCUUUGCUUGGACAGUCCUUAUUGCACGGACAAUUGAUCCCCACAACUGGUCCAGUAAGAAUAAAUACUGCUCGUCCAGGUGGUGGUCGACCAGGCUGGGAACAUUCCAACAAACUCGGCUAUCUGGUUUCUCCACCACAACAAAUUAGAAGAGGGGAGAGGAGCUGCUACAGAAGUAUAAACCGUGGGCGACACCACAGCGAAAGAUCACAGAGGACUCAAGGCCCGUCACUACCAGCAACUCCAGUCUUUGUACCUGUUCCACCACCUCCUUUGUAUCCGCCUCCUCCCCAUACACUUCCUCUCCCUACGGGUGUUCCUCCUCCACAGUUUUCUCCUCAGUUUCCUCCUGGCCAGCCACCACCUGCUGGGUAUAGUGUCCCUCCUCCAGGGUUUCCUCCAGCUCCUACCAAUUUAUCAACACCUUGGGUAUCAUCAGGAGUGCAGACAGCUCAUUCAAAUACCAUCCCAACAACACAAGCACCACCUUUGUCCAGGGAAGAAUUCUAUAGAGAGCAGCGACGACUAAAAGAAGAGUCUAAAUCUCCCUAUAGUGGUUCUUCGUAUUCAAGAAGUUCAUAUACUUAUUCUAAAUCAAGAUCUGGUUCAACACGUUCACGCUCUUAUUCUCGAUCAUUCAGCCGCUCACAUUCUCGUUCCUAUUCACGGUCACCUCCAUACCCCAGAAGAGGCAGAGGCAAGAGCCGCAAUUACCGUUCACGGUCUAGAUCUCAUGGAUAUCAUCGAUCUAGGUCAAGGUCACCCCCUUAUAGACGCUAUCAUUCACGAUCAAGAUCUCCUCAAGCGUUUAGGGGACAGUCUCCUAAUAAACGUAACGUACCUCAAGGGGAAACGGAACGUGAAUAUUUUAAUAGAUACAGAGAAGUUCCACCACCAUAUGACAUGAAAGCCUAUUAUGGGAGGAGUGUUGACUUUAGAGACCCAUUUGAAAAAGAACGCUAUCGAGAAUGGGAGAGAAAAUAUAGAGAGUGGUAUGAAAAAUAUUAUAAAGGUUUUGCUGCUGGAGCACAGCCUAGACCCUCAGCAAAUAGAGAGAACUUUUCUCCAGAGAGAUUUUUACCACUUAACAUCAGGAAUUCUCCCUUCACAAGAGGCCGCAGAGAAGAUUAUGUUGGUGGGCAAAGUCAUAGAAGUCGAAACAUAGGUAGCAACUAUCCAGAAAAGCUUUCAGCAAGAGAUGGUCACAAUCAGAAGGAUAAUACAAAGUCAAAAGAGAAGGAGAGUGAAAACGCUCCAGGAGAUGGUAAAGGAAAUAAGCAUAAGAAACACAGAAAAAGAAGAAAAGGGGAAGAAAGUGAGGGUUUUCUGAACCCAGAGUUAUUAGAGACUUCUAGGAAAUCAAGAGAACCUACAGGUGUUGAAGAAAAUAAAACAGACUCACUGUUUGUUCUCCCAAGUAGAGAUGAUGCCACACCUGUUAGAGAUGAACCAAUGGAUGCAGAAUCCAUCACUUUUAAAUCAGUGUCUGAAAAAGACAAGAGAGAAAGGGAUAAACCAAAAACAAAGGGUGAUAAAACCAAACGGAAGAAUGAUGGAUCUGCUGUGUCCAAAAAAGAAAAUAUUGUAAAACCUGCUAAAGGACCCCAAGAAAAAGUAGAUGGAGAACGUGAGAAAUCUCCUCGAUCUGAACCUCCACUUAAAAAAGCCAAAGAGGAGACUCCAAAGACUGACAAUGCUAAAUCAUCAUCUUCCUCUCAGAAGGAUGAAAAAAUCACUGGAACGCCCAGAAAAGCUCACUCUAAAUCAGCAAAAGAACACCAAGAAACAAAACCAGUCAAAGAGGAAAAAGUGAAGAAGGACUAUUCCAAAGAUGUCAAAUCAGAAAAGCUAACAACUAAGGAAGAAAAGGCCAAGAAGCCUAAUGAGAAAAACAAACCACUUGAUAAUAAGGGAGAAAAAAGAAAAAGAAAAACUGAGGAAAAAGGUGUAGAUAAGGAUUUUGAGUCUUCUUCAAUGAAAAUCUCGAAACUAGAAGUGACUGAAAUAGUGAAACCAUCACCAAAGCGCAAAAUGGAACCUGAUAUUGAAAAAAUGGAUAGGACCCCUGAAAAGGACAAAAUUUCUUCAACUGCGCCAGCCAAAAAAAUCAAACUCAACAGAGAAACUGGGAAGAAAAUUGGAAGUACAGAAAAUAUAUCUAACACGAAAGAACCCUGUGAAAAGUUGGAGUCAACAUCUAGCAAAGUUAAACAAGAAAAAGUCAAAGCAAAGGUCAGACGAAAAGUGACUGGAACUGAAGGAUCCAGCUCAACUCUAGUGGAUUAUACCAGUACGAGCUCAACUGGAGGCAGUCCUGUGCGGAAAUCUGAAGAAAAAACAGAUACAAAGCGAACUGUGAUUAAAACGAUGGAAGAAUAUAAUAAUGACAAUACAGCACCAGCUGAAGAUGUUAUCAUUAUGAUUCAGGUUCCUCAAUCCAAAUGGGAUAAAGAUGACUUUGAAUCUGAAGAAGAAGAUGUUAAAUCCACACAGCCUAUAUCAAGUGUAGGAAAACCCGCUAGUGUUAUAAAAAAUGUUAGCACCAAGCCAUCAAAUAUAGUCAAGUAUCCUGAGAAAGAAAGUGAGCCAUCAGAGAAAAUUCAGAAAUUCACCAAGGACGUGAGCCAUGAAAUCAUACAACACGAGGUUAAAAGUUCAAAAAACUCUGCAUGUAGUGAAAAAGGGAAAACCAAAGAUCGAGAUUAUUCAGUGUUGGAAAAGGAAAACGCUGAAAAGAGGAAGAACAACACUCAGCCAGAGAAAGAGAGUAAUUUGGACCGUCUGAAUGAACAAGGAAAUUUUAAAAGUCUGUCUCAAUCUUCCAAAGAGGCUAGAACUUCAGAUAAACAUGAUUCCACUCGUGCUUCCUCAAAUAAAGACUUCACUCCCAAUAGAGACAAAAAAACUGACUAUGACACCAGAGAGUAUUCAAGUUCCAAACGUAGAGAUGAAAAGAAUGAAUUAACAAGAAGAAAAGACUCUCCUUCUCGGAAUAAAGAUUCUGCAUCUGGACAGAAAAAUAAGCCAAGGGAAGAGAGAGAUUUGCCUAAAAAAGGAACAGGAGAUUCCAAAAAAAGUAAUUCUAGUCCUUCAAGAGACAGAAAACCUCAUGAUCACAAAGCCACUUAUGAUACUAAACGCCCAAAUGAAGAGACAAAGUCUGUAGAUAAAAAUCCUUGUAAGGAUCGUGAGAAGCAUGUAUUAGAAGCAAGGAACAAUAAAGAGUCAAGUGGCAAUAAACUACUUUAUAUACUUAACCCACCAGAGACACAGGUUGAAAAAGAGCAAAUUACUGGGCAAAUUGACAAGAAUACUGCCAAGCCUAAACCCCAGUUAAGUCAUUCCUCCAGACUUUCCUCUGACUUAACUAGAGAAACUGAUGAAGCUGCUUUUGAACCAGACUAUAAUGAAAGUGACAGUGAAAGUAAUGUUUCUGUAAAAGAAGAGGAAACUUCAGGAAACAUUUCUAAGGACCUGAAAGAUAAAAUAGUGGAGAAAGCGAAAGAGAACCUGGACACAGCAGCAGUUGUCCAGGUGGGCAUAAGCAGGAACCAGAGCCACAGCAGCCCCAGCGUCAGCCCCAGCAGAAGCCACAGUCCUUCUGGAAGCCAGACCCGAAGCCACAGUAGCAGUGCCAGCUCAGCAGAAAGUCAGGAUAGCAAGAAGAAGAAGAAAAAGAAGGAAAAGAAAAAACACAAGAAACAUAAAAAGCAUAAGAAGCAUAAGAAACAUGCAGGCACUGAAGUGGAAUUGGAAAAAAGCCAAAAACACAAACACAAGAAAAAGAAGUCAAAGAAGAACAAAGAUAAAGAAAAGGAGAAGGAGAAAGAUGACCAAAAAGUGAAAUCUGUCACUGUGUAAAAGGACAGAUCUUAAAAAUUGACUUAAUUACUAAGUCAUCUGUAUUAAAUUUUGUUAUAAUGUAAAGAGAUUCAAGCCUUGUAAAUAAUGACAUGGAAGACCCUGUGCUGCACUUAAAAUAUUGCUGCUUGAUUAUUUGAUUUUUACAUCAGAGCUUUAUAACACGAACUUUUGUACAGAAUUGUGAGUUGUGACCAUGUAACAUGAGAGGUUUUGCUAGGGCCUAUUAUUUUUAACCACCAUUAAUUAGUUGGGGUGGAGUUUACUGUAAUGUGAAAUUUUCACAUUUGAAUUUUUUUAAUUGCCUGGCAAAAGCUGAUAUAAGUUCUAAAAUAUCAGCAGAAUGAUUUGCUGAAUUCAUUACAACCCCGUUAUGUCACUUUUUGAUUACAAUAAAAGUUUUCAGUAAACUUUUCAAA